GCCUGCCUCACUCCCAAAAUGCUGGGAUUACAGGCAUAAGCCACUGGGCCUGGCCAUUGCCCUGCUUGAAUUUGUUGGUUGCAUCUCCAUGGUGUUAUUUAACAUGUUCUUCUGUCCCUGUACUUUAGUAAUUCAAUGGUGUGAUCUAAUUAAGGCAGGAAUAAUUUUAUAGCAGGAAUAAUUUCCAGGUGGUGUGUGUGUUUCCAGAGUCAGAACAUGUUUGGUUUAUGCUCUUGGUGAUGUUCUAUAAUGAUACGCUGUCAGUGAUCCUCUCCUGGAUUAUUUUUUUUAUUAGAGGUGAUUUGUGUUUUGAAAGUGUCACAGGUUGCUGGGGUGUAUAUUGUAUAUGAGUAACAGUGUUGUUGCAAGGACGGAGUCGGAUAAUUGUGCAACAAAGCACUGGGUGCUGUUCCUGGCACGCAAUGACCAUAUUGUUGUUGUUGUUAUUGUUAGAGCUGUUGGGGGGGACCCAAGUCCUGAGCCUGGAGGCAUUUUCUGGCCAGGGCUGUCUCCUCCCUUCUCCUCUGCCCCUAGAGGAGAAGUCUGCAGUGCCCCAAGGCUCUGGGAGGCAUGUUCAGAACUGCAGCAGCCAUCUCUGUGCACCUGCUGGGGCCCCUUCAGGGAAGGAAGGCUGGAGCCUCACUCACUCGGUGCUUGCACCAGACUCUCACCAUGGCCAAACAGCUGCAGGCCCGAAGGCUGGACGGGAUCGACCACAACCCCUGGGUUACCCACCACUGACGAAGAUCCUGGCAAGUUUCUUUGGGAAGCUGCUGGGUCAGGAGAUAGACCCGCUCAGGAAUGUGCUGGUAACUGUUGGUGGCUACGGGGCCCUGUUCACAGCCUUCCAGGCGCUGGUGGACGAAGGAGACGAGGUCAUCAUCAUUGAACCCUUUUUUGACUGCUAUGAGCCCAUGACAUUGAUGGCAGGGGGUCGCCCUGUGUUUGUGUCCCUGAAGCCGAGUCCCAGCCAGAAUGGAGAACUGGGUUCCAGCAGCAACUGGCAGCUGGACCCCACAGAGCUGGCCAGCAAAUUCACAUCACGCACCAAAGCCCUGGUCCUCAACACCCCCAACAACCCCGUGGGCAAGGUGUUCUCCAGGGAAGAGCUGGAGCUGGUGGCCAGCCUGUGCCAGCAGCAUGACGUGGUGUGCAUCACUGAUGAAGUCUACCAGUGGCUGGUCUACGAUGGGCACCAGCACAUCAGCAUUGCCAGCCUCCCUCGCAUGUGGGAACGGACCCUGACCAUUGGCAGCGCCGGCAAGACCUUUAGCGCCACUGGCUGGAAGGUGGGCUGGGUCCUGGGUCCAGAUCAUAUCAUGAAGCACCUGCGGACUGUGCACCAGAACUCCAUCUUCCACUGCCCCACACAGAGCCAGGCUGCAGUAGCCGAGAGCUUUGAGCGGGAGCAGCUGCUCUUCGGCCAACCCAGUAGCUACUUCGUGCAGUUCCCGCAGGCCAUGCAGCGCUGCCGUGACCACAUGAUCCGCAGCCUACAGUCGGUGGGGCUGAAGCCCAUCAUCCCCCAGGGCAGCUACUUCCUCGUCACAGACAUCUCAGACUUCAAGAGGAAGAUGCCUGACCUGCCUGGAGCUGCGGAUGAGCCCUAUGACAGCCGCUUCAUCAAGUGGAUGAUCAAGAACAAGGGCUUGGUGGCCAUCCCUGUCUCCAUCUUCUGUAGUGUGCCACAUAAGAAGCACUUUGACCACUAUAUCCGCUUCUGUUUUGUGAAGGACGAAGCCACGCUCCAGGCCAUGGAUGAGAAGCUGCGGAAGUGGAAGGCGGAGCUCUAGCCCUGAAGUCACGCCCUUGGCCCUGACAUCCCCACGUCUCCACAGGGAUGCUCUUUGGAUAUCUGUCUUUGUCCAUGUUUCAUCCAUGUCCAGGUCAGGGAAGACAGUAUUGGGAAACCUCUUUAUGACACAGAAUGUUCUGGGCGGGAGCCGCCUGUCUUCAUCGUAGAGAACCAAGUGCCUCCUGUCUGAGAGGCGAGGGUCGGCCUGACCUGGGCCUCUCCCUGUGCCUUGGGUUUGUAGGGUCUUGGGUUGCUUCUGGUCUCUCAAGGCUUGGCUGAGUCCGGAGGGCAGAGUCCCACAAUGUAUUGAUCACGUCGCAACCCUGCUAACGCUCAGACACAACCUCACCUUUCCUGCCUCAUCUUGGCCUUGGAAGUUGCCUUUAGGUUUGAGUCCUCCUUUUCAUCCAUAAUAAAAUGUUUAAGUUAUUCGAAUCCUUA